UCAGUAUCAGAAUUUUUGGAAACGUAAACGCAUAAUGAUGAUUAAGUUUGUUACCAUACUGUCCUGCAUAGCUGCAGCUACAGCUGGAACUAUCAACACAGCAUAUUCAUCAGCACCAGCAGUCUCAUCCGUCUAUUCAUCCAUCAAUGAUCCCGCAACAAAAACACCAGCUCCUAUUUACGAAACAACGAAUGAAAUUAAAGAAAACGCGCAAGAUGGCUCGCAGAGAACAACUUACUCUAAAUCUAUAACGUCACCCUUUACCACGGUCCAGAAGUAUGACACGCAUGUUACCAGUAACGGAGCCCUGCUGCAUACAUAUCCUACCAUAUACUCCUCACCUACACACACCCCGAUCUAUUAUAACCCUACCACAUAUUCGGUUGCUACUCCACUUGUAACGAAAACCUACUCAACUCCUAUCUACACCCACAGCAAUACGGUUCCAAUUUUGACAAAAACUUCCUCAUCUGGACUGGCAACUUACUCGCACGGCCCAGUUGUCCAAGAUCAACAUUUGAAGACAACAAUCACAUACUCCGAGGCUCCUUUAGUGUCCCAUAUGACGUUUUCUGGCCUAGGGGCGAACUACGCUUGGUAAACAAAAUAUUAAGACAUUUAAAUAUUAUGGUACGCG